UUCAUUUCAAACUAUUUAUAUUUAUUAUUAAUUAUGUAUAUUGUUCAGAAAAAAUUACUUCAAAUGAAAAAAUAAAAUCUCAAGUUUUAAAAUUAAAUUUUUCAAAUAAAUGUUAAGAAAAAGUGAAACGGUUGAUAUAUUGAUGUAAGCAAUUAUCGUACGAGGAAAGGAAAGAUAAAGAAGAAUAAAUGGAAGAUAAGAAAAAAGAACGGUAAGUUUGCAGAACCGGAAGGAAUUUUAUUUGUUUACAUUGAAUGACCAUAUUUUUAUAUAUAUAAUCCGAUGAACUGACACAUAUAACAAAAUUAUAAGAAAACAAAAAUAAAAUAAUAUAACUAAAAAUUGGAUGACUUCGAAUACAGAACCAAAUUAUUUCAACAAUGAAACUUAGUGUUAGCGCGUAUCGCGCACAUGCAUCCGCUCAUAAGAAAAUUCUAUCCAACAGUUAUCAUUCGCAACACAACUACGGCAGUACAUCAGCAGCAUCGACAUCUACGCCAAAUAACUUUUUUACGAUGAAGACUUCACAGUGUGAUCCAAAUAGAGAUGACAGCGCUAUCGAAGAUAAUGUCAGCCCAACUUUUACAGUCGGCUCUCCUAACGAGCUAAAUACAACCGAAAGUUCUCCCCACAAAGAAGAUAACGACAGCAGCAAUACCCUCAUUUCAUCUGAUAACAAAAGUCCAUGCCAAAGGAAAUCUGAAGAGGCAGAUGGAAAUGCAGAUCCAGAUAGUGAUUGGAAUAAGUCGAAUCAACGAUGGAUGAAACUGCGAACCACAGUACAAAUAUCAUCAGCUAUUCAAAAGAAACCACCACUCAAACGGGAGGAUUCCUUUCUUAAAAGAUUUUCUACACGUCAAAUACCUGAAACCCAGGAAACAGUCGAAGACACCGGAUCUGAAAGCGCCUCAGGUGAUAUAAAUAAGAAAGCCAAAAGAAGACGUCGAUAUUUGCAAAAACGACGAUCUGUUGUAAAUCCAGACGAGAACUUUUAUUUUUACUGGCUAAUGGUUUUGACUGUUUCGGUUUUAUAUAAUUUGUGGACGUUAAUUGUGAGACAGAGUUUUCCAGAGCUGCAACAAGCAGUUCCGAGAUUCUGGUUUUUGUGUGAUAUGCUUACCGAUGUUGUGUUUAUUUUAGAUAUUGUUGUACAGUUACGCACAGGAUAUUUAGAGCAGGGAUUGAUGGUUUAUGACGAUAAAAAACUUGCCUGCCAUUACAUGCAAAACAGGCAUUUCUACCUCGACCUGGCAGCUCUAAUUCCAUUAGAUUUACUUCAGUUAAAAUUCGGAACGCAUCCAAUUUUACGUUUUACACGAUUUUUUAAAGUUUAUCGUUCAAUAAAAUUUUAUUAUAUUGUUGAAAGUCGUACAGUUUGGCCAAAUUUGUGGCGUGUGGUCAAUUUAAUUCAUAUACUUUUAAUUCUUGCACAUUGGUUUGGUUGUUUUUAUUAUUUACUUUCGGAAGCGGAAGGAUUUCAAGGUGAUUGGGUGUAUCCUUAUCGUCCAGGAGAUUAUGCUACCUUAACGAGGAAGUAUUUAGGAAGUGUAUAUUGGUCAACAUUGACAUUGACUACAAUCGGGGAUCUACCGACACCCGAAACAAAUGCUGAACCAUCAGACUCGGUGGACGGCCCAAGAUCUCUACCAAGACGUGGUAUUAAAUCCAGAUUACUUCAAUUUGGUUCAAAUUUCGGAUAUCUUUUUACAAUAACAAGUUACUUAAUAGGUGUAUUUAUUUUUGCUACCAUCGUUGGGCAAGUUGGAAAUGUGAUAACCAAUCGCAAUGCAAAUCGUCUAGAAUUCGAAAGACUUCUAGAUGGAGCCAAGACGUAUAUGCGUCAUCAUAAAGUGCCUGGUGGCAUGAAACGACGAGUAUUACGAUGGUACGAUUAUAGUUGGUCCCGUGGUCGGAUUCAGGGCGGUGGUGACAUUAAUACAGCCUUAGGCCUACUGCCCGACAAGCUGAAAACCGAAUUGGCCUUACAUGUUAAUCUAAGUGUUCUGAAAAAAGUAACUAUUUUCCAAGAGUGUCAGCCAGAGUUCCUACACGAUUUAGUACUUAAAAUGAAAGCGUAUAUUUUUACACCGGGUGACUCGAUAUGUCGCAAGGGAGAAGUAGCAAGAGAGAUGUUUAUUAUAGCCGAUGGAAUUUUAGAGGUCUUAAGUGAGACUGGAAAGGUUUUGACGACAAUGAAAGCUGGAGAUUUUUUUGGUGAAAUCGGUAUCCUAAACCUCGAUGGCUUAAAUAAACGAACUGCAGAUGUCAGAUCGGUUGGAUAUUCCGAGCUGUUUUCUCUGUCGAGAGAAGAUGUAUUAGCUGCGAUGAAAGACUAUCCAGAAGCACAAGAAAUUCUUCAAUCUCUAGGCAGAAAACGUCUAAUGGAGGUCCGAUGUGUGAAUAAACGUCACGCGAAGGCACAAAGUGAUAAAGAAGCUGCAGCGAAUCUUGCUGCGCAGUUGGCAGCGGAUGAAUCAAACCCCGCCCAUCAUCAUCACCACCAUCAUCCUGGAGAAAGUGGUCCAAAAAGUAUGGUCGAUAAAAUUCGUCGUGAUGUUAAAGGUUUUAAGAGUGUACUUAAAAAGUCAAGAGCAUUAAGAAGGAGUAAUGAAUCAUUAGAGAUGCAACCUCUUCAUAGUGCACCACCUAAGAAUGAGAAAUCAUCACUCAAGAGAAUAUCAAGAGUAUAUUCAGAUGAAAACGAUCGUCACGAAGACACUCCACCACCGCUUCCACCCGAACACCGGGAAAAAACACCAAGUCCUAUUGGAGCUGGUUUGCCUUUAUUGCAACGUCUUCGAUUGUUAAAAGAAAAACAGGAUCGCGAAGAGCGAGAAGUUAAGACCACACCACCACAGAAAUCUCCACCUCACUCAAAUGUAACAUCUACGUUGUCACCACAGGAAUCUAUACAAGAAGAACCUGAUCAAGAGAUGAUUGAGACUCCAAAAAUUCUGCAGCGAUUGCAGAAGUUAAGGGCUAAAAAUGAAUUGAUGGCAAAGGAGCCCCCUAUAACGGAAUCCAAUGUAGCUACAGGAACGCUACCACUACAUGAAACAACAUCCUUGGGCUUACCAUCACCAUCCCUACAUCCGACUUUAGAUAUUUCACAACUAUCACCACGCUCACCAAAGCCCGAAAAUACUAUUACAACCAUUUCAAGCAGUGAUCGAAGCACUGUCACCCUAACUGCCCCCAACUUAUCAACAGCCAAACCUUCUAUGAAAGUUUCCUUCAAACAAAGAAUCCAACAGCUACAAUCUGGUGUAACUGAUCACAGUGCUUCGCCGAUGAAUAAAACUACCGAAACACCUGCAAAGCCACUGCCACCAAAUGACAGUCAUGAGCGAAAUAAAAUGUCAAAAAUAAUACCAACAAUAUCUAAUAACAUUACGAAAGCAGCAUCGACAAGUUUAACACUAUGCGCUCAAAAGCUAAGUAAAACAACAGCUCACACAUCGGAUACCUCAAUUCGACCUUGGUCCAAACUUAAAUUUGCCACAUUAAUGCCAUCCAAUAGUUAUACGAGCUUAUCCAAUUAUGGCUCUGAACAGCAUAAACUCAAACCACAUAGAAUUAAGUCAGCUGAAAGCAUAGCAACAGUUUGCGAACGACCUAGUAAUUCAACAUCACUGAAGGCUACUGCUACUCCUGCAACGGCACUCAAUGCCAAGAGGAAAAACCUUAAGUCAUUUAAUUUGAGAGUCAAGCCAAAGUUUUACAACUCAGUUUUUGAUUUAUCUCCCGAAUACAGUGGCCUACCCUUCGUGAAGCGUCUUAAGAUACUCAAUGAGCGACAAAAGUUGGCUGAACUCGAGACGGCUCUUCAGACGCGCAGCUUUAGCUUAGACAAUUCGAAAAGCCAACCCGAAGAACCUUUCCCCGAAUCAUUGUAUCGCAGUCACAGUGAUGCUUCAGCCAUUUAUUCACAUUUAAUGCCUCCGGCUAAUUCAUUACUAUCAUCAUCAUCAUCAUUAUCAUCCAAAGAUAAACUAACGCUGUGCCUGCAAGAUUAUACACAACUAAGUCCAGAGUCCAAUGAAACUGUGGAACGAAGAAAGCUCAAAAGUAUUCUUAAGAAGCUAAGUAAAAGCAGCGAUGGGAGUCCACGAUUGCGACAAGAUCAUCCUAGAGGGCUACUUAGAGCGCCUACACUUGAAGGGUACGUGGCCAGACACAGCAAAUUAUUGAAGAGUGUAACCUUCAAUUCGACUCUUUCUAGCCCACCACUAAGUGCCAACAGUGUAGUCGGCAGCUAUACUAGUGCUGACGGCACUGCACAAUCUGAACGUUUUUUAUUCCCUGCUGUUGUAACAGCAUCGAAUGAUGCUUGUAAAUAUAAAUUAUUAACCCCGCCUGAUGUAUCGCAAGCAAAUAUUACAUCUGGCAGCAGAGAAGAUGGCGGAAUGAAAGAUGCUCUGGAGUUGCCAUCAUUGAUUGCUGGCAAAGAUGACCCAUCGACUAUGCACGAAUUUGCUAUGUCAACAAAACAAGUUAACAAUAUCCAAGGUUUACCGGACCCAAAUGAAUAUUUUAGUCAAAUACUUAGUGGAAUAAAUAACGUCAUAUCGUCACAAAUGAGGGAAAUGCAUCUAAAGUUCGAAAGUCAGUUUCUUUUGAUGCAAUCUGAGGUCCAAAAACGCGAUGCCAUAAUAUCGUGUUUGCAAUGUAAAAUAAAUAAAAUGCAAGCCCAUGAAACUUCUGGAGAAUAUGCUGAUCGAAUUGCAAAUACUCCAUCAUCACAAUGUCCAAAAGAAGCCAAUAAAAGUACCAAAGAAUCAGAAAGUUCUGGUUCAUCUGGUGAAGUUCUUUUUAUGCGUGGCGAUUCAUUGGAUACCAUAUUCACCGCAUCACCGCCUCCAUACUGUGAAUUAGUUCCUCGAAAUUCGCCCAGCUCAAGCAGACAACUGCAUGUUGCCAGUUCGGUAAAGCUCAAUCGAAUUCUCCACAAAAAAAGUUCAACAAGGAAGGCCGCAAUUCCUAAUGUUAUGGUGUCCAACCUAACUGGCAAUCUUACCCCAAUGUCAAACAGUAUAAUUCUCGAUAUUGGAGAAAGUUCCAGUUCCAGUUCGAGCACCUCCUCCAGCCGCUCCAAUCUAAAUUAUGACGAAGAAGAAAACGAGCAACCAGAACGUCUAGUUCAUCACAAUGACUGGGAAGUUCGAAUGUUAGCCGCCGAAAUGGAUCGACAAGAGAAAAAACGAGGACUCUCCCUAUCAGAUAACUUGACCGAACUCAAGCACUAUGGCAGAGUACUGCCGCGUCGAAGAAAACUUAGUGAUACAGAAACAGAAUUUAGCGAAACAGAUGUUGAGAACGUCCAAACUCGGCCUAGAGCUGGCAGUUUGGAUCAAUUCAAUCUUCGAUACGGAAUCGGCAGAGGCAUCUUCAAGGCCAUGAGUAUCGAUCGAGGAAAAGAUAAACUUUGAGUCUUAGAAGUAAUAUUUUAAUUAUUUUCUCUGGUGGCAAGAAUAGGAAACACAAAUAGAAAGUAUUAUAAUAUACCUCCCUUUGUCAUACAGGUAAAUAAUUCGAAAUACAAACGGAAAAUCUAAUAGCUUUAAAACAAAGAAACCUUUUAACAUUACCUUAUAGGCUGUAGAUGAUAAAAUUAGACAAGAGAUUAAAAAUAUAUUAUAUAGAUAAAGAUAUAUUAUACAAGGUCACAAAGUCAAGUGCUAGGAUAUCCAGGAGAAAUCGUGGUAAAAUGUUAUAUCCUUGGGGAAAAUUAAAUAAUUUUAAUGUUAAGUUUAAGAUGUAUAUGUAUAAUUUAAUUCUUAAAAUUUUGUAAAAAAAAAAUAAUAGUAAUAAUUAUAAUACUACAUUGUUAUACGCGCUUGUGUUAUAGCUUUCAAAUAUUUAAUAAUAAGAAAAUAUCAUCAGUAGUAGUUUUUAACUAGCAACUUGUGAUUUUCCCAUAGGAUGGCAUUUUACACCGAUGUCUCUUAAAACAAAAAUGAUAACGUAGAUAAUUUAACAGAUUAGGGAAUUGAAAAACGGUGUGAUGAAGGUCUAAAGAAACUUAAACAUUUUUGUGUUGAUUUAAUUUAUUUUUAUAUUAAAAAAUUUUAAUACAGAUAUUUAAUUUUAAUUCCAUAAUUCUUAAAAUGCUGUUGGAUAUUUUUAUUUAAGGUAUGACUCUAGUGAAGGUCUACAAUAUGGCUUACAUUGUUUAAUACAAACAAAUUUGAAUCUUGAAAGUUUCUUACGUCAAGCAAAUUCGAAGGGAGUUGGUUUUCAGUCACUUUUUGUUAUUAUUUUUCUUUUUUUUUAAUAAAGUGCACGACUGGGUUUGAAUUUGUAAUAGAGCUUUAAACCUGAAGAAGGGUAUAAACAUACCCUUACCUCUGUCUUCAACUACAUAAUGUAAAGCUAUUGCUCAGAUUUGCGAGUGUUCCCUAUGUACAUACGUACAAGUACAUGUACAUAUUUCUAAUCUGUUACCAGCUAAAUGGUUUUUAAGUUUUUGCCUAGAAGUUCCUACAUAAACUGAAGGACAAAAUAUCUUGUUCCAUCACCGAGGAAUUUUAUCUUAUAGACAGUAUUUGAGUUUUUCAGUUUUUGACAGUUUAUCUUUUAAAUUCGAAAACAAUAAAGUUCUUAAAAUAUUAUUUCGAACACUUUAAAUAGGGUUUUUGGAUGAAAAGAGUUUGAAGCAGUUAAAGUUCAAUUGAUGUGACUAGUUUUAAGAAUAAUAAAAAUGUCGUCGAAAUAUUAAAACAUUUUUAUUAGGAAUUUUACUUAAAACACUGCUUAGAUUAUAUAUUAGAUUUCUGUUAGUAUUGGAGAAGCGUGAUUUUUCAUAGAAACUCCUUCUUGUUGUCGUUACAAAAUUUCUUCAUAUUCCAAAUAUUAUCUUUUACACAAGCUCGCAAGAUUAAUUAGAGUUUCAAUUUUUGAAUCCUUGUAUGAUCUUUGAUGAUACUCCAACUUUGUUCAACCAAUUCUGAUGCCAAUGGAAUGUAAAUGGAAUAUUAGGUGUAUUGGUCUUAAAUAACUGGUUAAAAAGUUGAAAUAAACGAUAAGAGUUUAUGCCAUUAUAUUUAAUUAAACAGUUAUAUUAUUUAAUGUUUUAACUAUGUAUUUAGAUAACUCAUAAAAAUGGUACAUUUGUGAAAGAACAAAUUGACCUAAAUAGCAUAUUUUGUUUCUGUAUUAAGAUAGUCAAUACAUUUUGGAACUGUACAAGUCGUCAUUAACAAUUCGUUUCACAUUCAUUAUUAAGAUUGUUAAUAAACAACAAGAUUAUUAUUCCGACUCUGAACUUUUUUAUUUUUUGUGUGCUACCGUAACUCGUAAUAGUUUUUCCGAAAUGGUAACGGAGUUACGAAUAACAGAGUUACGGGCGACAGAGUUACGGCCGUCAGAGUUACGCAAAACCGAAGGUACGAAAAACUAGAGGUACGAAUUCUAAAGUUAUGUUAAGCUAUGAAAUGUUAUUUUUGGGUUGGCAACAAU